AUGGAGGUGCGCAGGUUACAGAGACAGUACGUGGAGUUCGCCUCGUCCCUCUUCCGGGAGGUGCGUGAAAUGGGGUUUCCGGGGGGUUUUGGGUUUCUUCCUCGUCUCUUUCCCCCGCGCGUUCUCUUCUCCGUUGUAUAUAUACAGAUGGGAAAUAACGUCCUGAUGGGGGGUUGAUGAACGGGGUGGGUUUUAGGGGUUUCUGGACGAGCAGUUCUCGCAGGUGCAGCAGCUGCAGGACGAGACCAACCCGGAUUUCGUCUACGAGGUGGUCACGCUCUUCAUUCAAGACUCGGAGAGGCUGCUCAGCGAGCUGGCUAGGUCCAUGUAGGGAUCUCAGUGACGCUGAAUCUUCUCCAUGCUUUGCUAUUUUUUUGUAGCACUGUUCCAUUGCACUCCCACUUCUUUAUUAUGCUCAUGAUUGUGCUUUUUGUGGCCUUGAACGUCUUAAAAGAGACGAGCAACCUGUGGAUUUCGUGAAGGUUGAUGCGCAUGUUCAUCAGCUGAAGGGCAGCAGCGCCAGGUGAUCCUCGCACCUCUCUCAUCCAUUUCAAGGGAUGAAUCAAACCUUCUCUCAGGGUCAUGACCCGAUUUCUCUCUCGUUUGGGUUCCCUAAAACUGAUUUCUUCGUAGCAAAUGCUCUGCCUGUUAUCCGUCUCUACUCAACCUUCUACAAAUGGAUUUUUACUGGACAGCAUAGGUGCCCGUAGAGUCAAAAACGCUUGCCUGGCCUUCCGGAGCUCCUGCGAUGGGAACAACUUCGAAGGGUGGGACUCGGAUGCUGCUCACUCCUUUUUCUUCUUCUUCUUCUUCUUCUUCUCUCCCAUCGACUGCUUAAUCCACAGUCGUAUCUUUCUUCCUUCUUCUUCAUAAAGAUUGUUGUUGUUGUUGUUGUUGUUCUUCUUCUUCUUCUUCUUCACUAAUUCUGAACAGGAAUCCUCCUGAUGUAGGUGCCUGAGAUGUUUCCAACAGGUUAGAAAUGAAUACUCUCUUGUGAAGAGCAAGCUCGAAUCUCUGCUAGGGGUAAACACCUUUUUAUCCCCAAAGGAACCUUAUGAUUAUAUUCGUGUCAUUUACUAAAGAAAAUCAUUUUGGCUGACUGUGCUGGAUUGCAGCUGGAGCAGCAGAUCAUGAGGGCUGGUGGGUCGGUUCCAACUUUGAAGUGUUAG